AUGCAACCGUACAGCGUGAUCGAGUGUGAAGGAUUUCGUCAGCUGAUGAAUGUACUCGAGCCGCGGUAUAAUAUUCCCUCCCGCCGACACUUCGGCACCACUAUAAUUCCAAAACUGUAUGACGAGACACGAGGAGAAAUUGAAAAAGAAUUGUCCGAAACAGCCCACGUAGCUCUCACUACAGAUGGAUGGACCUCCAGGGCCACUGAAAGUUUCCUCACGGUGACCGCUCACUAUAUUACUUCGGAGUGGGAGAUGAGAAGCUGCGUUUUGCAAACACGCCCCAUUUAUGAAAGUCAUACCAGUGAGCAUCUCUCUGAAAUGUUGACAGACGCGGUGGCGGAAUGGAAACUGGAGAGGGUAAAUAGCAUAAUUCCUGUUACUACAGAUAAUGCAAAAAAUAUAGUGAAUGCUAUCAAUUUAGCAGCGGGACUUGGGCCACAGAUCGGGUGCUUCGCACACACAGUUAACCUUGCAGCCAAGUGUGCAAUCUCACUAAACCAAGUAUCCCAACUCUUGGGGAAGGUUAGGAAGGUGGUUAGCUUCUUUCACCGAAGCACAACAGCUGCCCAUGCUCUGAAAACCAAGCAGGAUAUGCUGGAUUUGCCCGUUCACAAACUAAUUCACGACGUAACAACUCGUUGGAACUCCACAUAUGACUUGUUAGAACGUUAUGUGGAGCAACAGGCUGCCAUCUACUCUGCCAUGAUGGACAAGGAUAUGAAGAAGAAAGUCAAGGACAUUGCCUUGUUAACUGAAAGUGAGACAAAACUGGCAGAGGGUCUCAUUAAUAUUCUCAAACCUCUGAAGAAUGUAAUCACCCUCAUGAGCACAGAAACAUCACCCUCAGUUUCAAUGAUUAUCCCACUGCAGAAGAUGAUACUGAAAUCCAUGACAUCAAGUGCAGAGGACAGUACCACCAUCAAAGAAGCUAAGGCAGCCAUCACUAAAGACCUUAAAGGCAGAUACAAUGACCCUGGUGUUCAGGAUUAUCUGCACAGAGCCACAGCACUUGAUCCAAGAUUCAAGUCCCUGCCUUACCUGGAAGAAGCCUGUGUUCAGAAAAUCUACGACGAUCUAACCACGGACAUUGUGGACAUUGAAAAGCAGGGUCAAAGCAGUGAAGGCCAAAUGGCCAGUUCAUCCUCAGGAGCGGAGCCAGGGCCAUCAGAGACCUCUCCUCCCCAGAAAAAAUCUGCCAUGGCAAUGGUAUUUGCAGAUUUGUUUAAAACAGAGGAAAGAAGAACAAAGCCUUUGUCAGACAUCAUUCAUGAAGAGGUCACCUCAUACAAGGCCACAGGCUGCAUCUCUGUGGAUGAAGACCCACUCGCAUGGUGGAAGAGCAAUGAGCAUAAGUAUCCUCACAUUGCUAAGUUAGCCCAACGCAACCUCGCUGUCCAAGGUACAUCUGUGCCAAGUGAACGUGUUUUCUCAACGGCUGGGGACAUAGUCACUGCAAGUAGGUCUCGCCUCUUGGCAGAAAAUGUGGACAAACUGAUAUUCUUGCAGAAAAAUAUGAAAAUUAAGUGA